AUGGCCUCGGGCGCUCGGUUCCCGCCGCAGCCGUCUAGCUCAGAGGUCAGAGCAGUCCAGAGCCCAGGCGGGCGUCCAGGCGCCGGCCUGGAGGAAGCAGCCCUGGGCGUUCCUCUCCCGCCGUCUCCGGAGGCCCCUCUGCCUCCGAGCACCCGGAGCAGGCGCCCUGGGACCAGCCAGCCCGGAGCGGCUUCCCUCCACGCGGCGUCCGCGACAGUCCCCCUGUGGCCCCAGCGCAAUACGGCGCCGGCCGGGAGAACCGCAGACCCGGUCCCCGCCGCCGUCCCAGAGCAAGCUCCGCGGCCCGCUCCACAGUCCCUCAAGCCGCGCAACCUGGAAGGCGUCCUUGACGAGCGCCGGCUGCUCUGCCACUUGCAGCUGGCCCAGGACCGCGAGGCGCGCCUGUGGCGGGGCGGCAAACCCCAGGUAAAAGAGAAAUACCUACAUUGCGCCACAAUUACUUCCUUGAGGCUUGCUGCAAAAGUUAAUGAAGAACAGGAGUUUAUUCCACAAGUAAAAGACUUCAUAAAGCACUAUGGCUCUGACUAUUCCCCGAAUGAGCUGCUAAGGAUGGAGCUGGCUAUUCUGGACAGACUGCACUGGGACCUCUAUAUUGGGACGCCGCUGGACUUCUUGACUAUAGUGAGUAAGGAGGUGUUUACAGAGUCUACCCUCAACUCGUUUGUGCCUUUGGAACAGCUGUUUACAACAUAGGACGGCAAAGCACAGGCGUGUACACGCCCUUGCACAUGCACCACAGUGAGGUGACCCACAAGGCUCAUGACAUACGGGAGAGUGAAAAGGUAUCUUAAAUCCAACACAGUUCCACCAGACUCCCACUUCUAAAGGACAUUAAAUUAACUUUACAAAGAUUUUUAGACGGCACUAUUAUGGUUUCUCUUUUAAAUACACACUGCAAAAAUAUUUAACUUUCCAUUCUAUGAAUACUGUACAUAAAUAUCUGUCUGCUUUUGCUACACUUUACACACAUUCACUUAGCUGUCUUUAGUCAACUACACACAAUCCUUAUUGAGGCUUUAGACCAUAUUGAUCUGGCACUUAAAAAAAUAUCAUACAUUAGUUUGUAUUUGUUUUAGUUGGGGGAAUGAUGGUCAUCCUUAAGGAUAUGAUUCUGUUAGUAAGGCAAAAUUAUGCAACGUGGAAAUCUCAUGGGGUUUUGGUUUGUUAUGAAGCAUGAAGAUUAAAUUACUAAGGGCUGUUUCAUUAUGAAAACUGGCCACUGUUGCCAAGUUGCAGAGUUUCUUAUGAUAAGCAGAUACAAGUAACUUUUCUGCUA